AUGUCCUACGAUCGUCCUCGCUCUCGCGGAUUCUUUGAGCGCAAUCGUGACGGCCAUGAACGCAUCAUUUUUCGCUCAAACUCAAACUCUCACCGUCGCUCCACAUCUCAAUCCCGCACCAUGGUCCAUGAACUAGCAAGCGACCUCGAAGAUCGCAAUGCCGAACUACAAGCUGUUGCCGAAUCACUCAAAACAGAACUGACAGUUGCAGAGAGCAGGAACUGGCAAUUGAUUUCUGAUAAUAGUGCAUUACAAGAUAUAGUCCAUGUACUUAAGGGAGAUAAAGAGAUUCUGAGAAGGGAGAGUGAGGAAAAGAGUGGGGAUAUCGAGUAUCUUGAAGAAAGAGUUGCGAGGUUGGAGGGAAAGAGGGAAAGAGCAGAGUUUAGGGGUGAGAGGGCGGAGGAGAGAGUUAGGCUGAUGAGAAGGGGUUUGACUGGGAGAGGAAUUUUGAGUGAAGGGGGACUGAAAGAAAGACUUGAGGAUAAAGUUGCCGAGAUUGAGAAGUUGAAGGAGUUAAUCAAAAUUAUGGAUGAUAAGCUUAGUGAGAGGAAUAGAUGGUUGGCGGAGAAGGAUAAUAAGUUGAGACAGUUGAAAAGGUGGAUUGUGGGUAAAGGAUUUCGUGUUGAGGGGGUCUGA